AUGUCUUCCCCAGAGGCCCGUGCUGGAGUGAAGCGACCUCGCACUCAGUCGCUGCCUCCCCCGGCUCUGCCUCAGCUAGUCGCCGAACAAAAUGUCCCGAUCCCCCCGACGGAUAAGGACUCUCAGCGACUCAUUGUGGUUCUUUCCAACGCCAGUCUCGAGACCUACAAAGCCUCUCAUGGCGGUACUGGCCGGAAUGGCGUCCAAAGGGAGGAGAAGUACUCGCUUCUCAACAGCGACGAGCAUAUCGGAGUCAUGCGCAAGAUGAACCGCGACAUUAGUGAUGCGCGUCCCGACAUCACUCAUCAGUGCCUCCUCACCCUGCUCGAUUCCCCCAUCAACAAGGCCGGCAAACUGCAGAUUUACAUUCACACUGCCAAGGGUGUUCUGAUUGAGGUUUCUCCCUCAGUCCGUAUUCCCCGUACCUUCAAGCGUUUCGCUGGUUUGAUGGUCCAGCUCCUGCACCGCCUUUCGAUCCGCUCGACAAACUCUCAGGAGAAGCUUCUGCGUGUUAUCCAGAACCCCAUCACCGACCACCUGCCGCCCAACUGCCGCAAGGUCACGCUCAGCUUCGAGGCCCCACUGGUGAAGUGUAGGGAUUACAUCGACACUUUGGCCCCUAAAGAGAGCGUCUGCGUCUUCGUCGGUGCCAUGGCGAAAGGUGCCGAUACCUUUGCCGACGGCCUGGUGGAUGAGAAGAUCUCCAUCAGCAACUACAGCCUGUCGGCCAGUGUUGCCUGCAGCAAGUUCUGUCACGCCGCCGAAGACUGCUGGGACAUCCAGUAG